AUGGCCGCGCUGUCCACAGUACCGUUGUUUUCCCCACACACUGGGACUCAACAGGACUCUCAACACAGCGAGACGCAAAUAGCUACCGUCAAUGUUGCAUGUAAAGGUCUAAGUAGCAAGACUCUUGCCCGGUGGCUGCACGAAGAGCACAGAAGUCCCUUGGAACUUCUUCAGGCUGCGUGGUCACUUUCACUUCGGGCUUAUACAGGCUCUAACGAUGUCUGGUUUAGCUGUCUGGAUUCGAAAAGAAAUUGCUACUCCCAUGUUUCGCCGGCGCAGUCCGUGCAGAGCCUCUUCAAUAUACGUCGUGUGGAGUUACAUGAGGAAAAUAGCACAACUCGUCUGGGAGCCAACUCGGCUGUCUAUGUUAAUGAAGGACAUGAAGACCAAUGCGACGAUGCAAGACUUUACGACAUCAGAGAGUUUGAUCUCACCGUUUAUUUCUCGUCAGGGACAGAUACACAAUGCCCUAGUGUUGGGAUUCACCACAAACCAUCGGCCAUUUCAACAGAUUUGGCUACAAUGAUUGCAGCAACAGUAGCUAGGGCCACCGAGCAAAUAGUCUUCAACGUUGACUCUCAGAUCGAAGUUCUCGACAUAUGUAGUGAUGCAGACAUCAACCGUCUAUGGCAAUGGAAUAGCACAUCAGGUGAUGAAAUAUCCCCAGGGCAUUGCAUACAUCACAUAAUCUCACAAAGAUGUGCUGCACAGCCAGAGUCAAUUGCUGUGUCAGCUUGGGACGGGCAGCUUACCUAUGCAGAGUUGGAUAGCUUGUCGUCAGCUCUAGCAAUACGGCUUCAACACCUUGGCGUCCGCCCAGAAACUUUCGUCCCCCUUGUAUUUGAGAAAUCAAAAUGGGCAGUCAUCGCACUGUUAGGUGUCUUGAAAUCUGGCGGCGCUUACUUCUUUCUCGAUCCUUCCCAUCCAAUAGAGUAUAGCCGCAGCUUGUGCUCAUCGCUGUGUCCCGAAAUUGUGGUAUGCUCACAAAGGCAGAGCACUCUUGCCAAAUCCUUCGCUGGCAAGAUCGUCCCACUUGGAGGGGAACCAUGCGAGCUUCUGGACUCAUUCCCAAUCGAUGAAAUACCCCCACAAUUGACAGCAGAAACAAGCGCUUCAAACGCCAUGUACAUAACUUUCACCUCUGGGACCACCGGUACGCCGAAAGGCAUAAUCACCGAGCAUUCCGCCUUUUACUCCAUGGCCAUGGCCAAUGGUAAAGCACUCCAUGUCACAGCUGCAACGAGGAUGCUACAAUUUGCAUCGUAUACAUUCGAUGUGAGCAACCGCGAUAUGCUCAUCACUCUCAUUUUUGGCGGAUGCAUCUGCAUCCCUUCGGAGAGUGAUCGCAUAAAUGACCUCUCUGGGUUCAUAAAUCGCCAGUCUGUCAGUUUAGCAAGCCUGACGCCGUCUAUGGCCAGUACCCUGACUCCUGCCUCAUGUCCGAGCCUUCAAGGAUUGGUCCUGGGAGGAGAGCCUAUGACUGAUAGCCACAUCUCUGCAUGGGCCAACCACGUGCGGCUUUUCAAUGCCUAUGGGGUGAGCGAGAGUACUGGAAUAGCAGCGUUGGCAUCGGACAUUCAAGCAGGCUCUUCCCCAGGUAAUAUAGGUUUUGGAUGCGGAUCAACAUUAUGGGUCGUUGCGAUUGACCAGCCCGACAAACUGGCACCAAUUGGCGCACUGGGAGAAUUGGUCAUUGAGGGCCCGUCCGUCGCCCGUGGCUAUCUGGGCGACGAAAAGCGGACGGCGAAGCAGUUCACGUCAAAUCCAGAGUGGAAGAAAAGGAUUCGUGAACAAUUCGGCGAGACUCAUUCGGGGAAGCGGGCCUUCCACACAGGCGAUUUGGUGCGGUACAAUCUUGACGGGUCGCUGCAUUUUUUGGGAAGAAAGGACCAUCAAGUGAAGGUUAACGGACAGCGACUAGAACUGACGGCAAUUGAACAUCACAUAGCGGCCUGUGCUGAAGUCGCCAACUCCGGCUUUCUUCAUACAGCCGUCGUCGUUGCAAAGAGUAAGACAAAUGGAUCCAAGCUUCUCGCCUUUCUGGGUCUUGAUACGACUAGGGAGUUAAAUAGUCCGUCCCGAAUAGUGUCAAAACAGUUGAAGGAUAUGGAGGCCCUGAAAGCAGACCUGAAACGAUACCUUCUGCAUUGCUUACCGGCAUAUAUGAUUCCAGUGGAUUUCAUAUUUCUGCAACACAUGCCACUCACGACAUCGGGCAAAAUCAAUCGGCUCCGUCUACAGGAAACAGCUGCAUAUGUGUUCUUCGAUGACCAGAAGGGGGCUCCUGAUGCAACCAACUCAAUGUCUUGGACCAAGAUUCUAGGCAUUAAAAAUGCAAGCAUCACGCGCCAUGACUGCUUUUUCCGGAGAGGCGGUGACUCAAUUGCAGCAAUCAAAAUGGCUGCGAGCCUUCGUCAGGAAGGAUUUAUUAUAUCAGUGUCUGAUAUUUUUAAAUCUUCGACCCUGUCGGACAUGGCGUCAGUGCUAGUCGAAGAUAAUAAGCUUUCCUCAUCAGCAGUACCUACCCCUUUUUCAUUGAUAAACAACUCCCACUCUAUACUCGAUGCGAUUUCGGAAGAGCUCGGUAUGGGCAUUGACCAGGUCGAGGAUGUGUACCCAUGCACGCACAUGCAGCAAGGCUUGAUAGCCUUGACGGCGCAAAACCCUCAUGCAUAUAUUGGUAGCUACACAUGGCAGCUGGCCGAUACGCUUGAGGCGGAGAGAUUUGAGAAUGCAUGGAAGGCGGUUUGGUUCCACAACCCAAUCCUCCGUACCAGAGUCGUGCAGACACCGGACGGUGUCUUUCAGGUUGUGAUGAAAACUGAUAUGCCAUGGAAUACUGUCACGGAUAUCACUGGUGAGAAGGAAAUCAAGGAAAUUGAUAUUAACCAUGGCCCACUUAUCCAAUUUUAUUUCAACAAAGAAUCGUUCCGGUUAGAUAUCCAUCAUUCUUUGUUUGAUGAAUGGUCCCUUGACCUGAUCUUGGGACAAGUUGAGCGCGCAUACACCAGGGAGAAGCUUCAUACGCAGCCAUUCAGUCCAUUCGUUCAACACCUCCUCCAUGAACAUGAUACCACCACGGAGGACUUUUGGCGUCAGGAGUUUUCUUGCCUCCAGGCCGAGCAUUUCCCAGCUGGCGCUUCCAGCCCAAUCAACGUUGACCAGGCGACAGAAAAGGUAGUCCUAGAACAUAGCCUGCAACAUGAUAUCGGAGUUUCGACCAAGUAUACACUCUCAUCCGUCUUACGGCUUGCAUGGGCGAUCGUUCUAUGGCAUCAAACGGGCAGCGAAGACGUGCUGUUUGGAGCCACUGUCAGUGGUCGUAACGUGAGCAUUGAUGGAAUCGAUCAAAUUAGUGGACCAACCUUGGCGACACUACCUGUGCGCAUCAAACUGCCAACGAAUCAGCCUGUUCACGAGGGCUUGUCGCAGGUUCAAAACCAAUUCGCUAACAUGAUGGUGUAUGAACAAACUGGAUUGUCGCGUAUUCGACAGGCUGGGAGAGAGCCUGCUGAGGCAUGUAACUUCCAGAAUCUACUCGUCGUGCAGCCAUAUGAGCAGAAAACCGCAUCUGUUAUGUUCAAAACGUCAGCCAACUCAGCAUCUUCUUCUGAAAACGCGAAGGCCUUUUCUAGUUAUCCGCUUGUGUUGAUAUGCCGUCCAGAAAAGAGUGGAAUAAGCAUGAAAGUAAUAUUUGAUCCUGCUAUUCUAGCACCCGCCGCCGGACAUAGUAUUCUUAGACAGAUGUCGCAUGUUAUCCAGCAGCUUAUGACUUCCGACUCAAUGCGCAUCACAGAUGUUAGCAUGGUACCUCCGGAGGAUAUGGCUUUGUUGAGAGAAUGGAAUCAUUUUCUCCCGAAAGCUGAGAACACUUGCAUCCAUGAUCGCAUUCGGCAAUUAUGUAUUGCCCAACCUGAGGCACUGGCUGUUCACUCCAACGACUUGGACCUCACAUAUGCGCAGCUAGAGAAUUUCUCCGAUCACUUUGCGCAGCAUUUGAUAAGCACAGGGAUCAAGCAGGGAGACUUUGUACCCCUCUUAUUAGAGAGGUCACCCUGGGUUCCAGUUAUCAUGCUAGCAGUUCUGAAGACUGGCGCUGCUUUUGUGCUACUGGACCUUUCACACCCUAUUCAGCGGAUGCGAACGAUGUGUUCUAUGCUUGAUGCCAGAAUUGUGGUUUCCUCCAAGGAGCACACCCAUAUGAGUGACGACCUUCUGCUUCCAGUCAUCAACUUUGACCCAAAGGUUCAUGUACAGAAUCUGGGUAAGCAAAAUAUAGCCUCGGCGUCCAAGCUACCGGAUGCAGUCGUCACCCCAGAUGCCCCUGCAUGCGUUGUCUUCAGCUCAGGCUCUACCGGGCUACCUAAAGGCAUCGUGCUUCACCAUAGUGCUCUUGUCACAAGCGCAGCUGUCAUGCGCGACCACGGAAUGCUUUCCCCUACCAGUCGCGUCUUUCAUUUCGCCUCCUUCGCGUUCGACAUCAGCAUUGGCGAGAUCCUCUUCACCCUUGCCACCGGAGCAUGUGUCUGUGUACCUUAUGAGGAGGAAAGAAGGGGAAAUCCCGCAAAAGCAGCAAGUGACCUGCAAGUAACCUGGGCACUUCUGACUCCCUCUGUGAUUAAUCUGUUCGACCCAUUGGAUGUCCCCACUUUAGAAGUCCUGGGGUCGGCCGGUGAGCCUCUUACUCCACACAUCGUGAACGUGUGGGCUCACAGGGUGAAUCUCUUCGGGAUGUAUGCACCGGCAGAAUGUACCGUUAUCUCUCAUAUCGGGCGAAUCUUGCCCGAAACGCAUCACUCCAGCAUUGGCCGAAGCCCUGGAGCAGUGUCUUGGGUAGCUGAUCCAUCCGACCACAAUCGGCUGGUCCCUAUCGGCACAGUCGGUGAGUUGAUCGUCGAAGGCCCCGUCGUCUCGUCUGGGUAUCUCAACGACCCAGAGAAAACAAACAAAGACUUCAUCACCAGUCCGCCUUGGCUUACUGACGUCCGUUCCUACUCCGGAAGACUGUAUAAAACAGGAGACCUCGUCAGACAGACUUCAGAUGGCUCACUUCUAUUUGUCGGAAGGAAAGAUGAUCAGGUAAAGCUGCACGGUCAGAGACUUGAAGUGGGAGAAGUCGAACAUUGCAUAAUCUCCUCAUGCACAGCCAUCAGAACCGCUGCGGUUGAGUGUAUCAAAAUUCCGGAACAAAACAACCGCGUCUCACUGGCUGCAUUUAUUUGUCCACAAGCCCAUGGAGAAUGGGGGAAAUCCUUGAACGCUGAAUCUGGUGUGGAAUUGGUUGGGCCACCAAGCGACCAGUUUUACUCGACCAUCCAAUCCUUGGAAACAUCUCUAAGAGAGCUACUUCCGGCAUACAUGGUUCCAUCCUUCUUUAUACCGCUUGCUGAUGUUCCCCUCACUUUGUCAGGGAAGGUGAAUCGGCGUCUACUCCGAAAUCAAUCCACAAGUUGGCCACUGAAGAGUCUAGAACAAUACCAACUGAGAAACAGGACUUCUCUCGCCGAAGAAGUUCCUAUCACGGCGCUUGGCCGGGAAAUUCAAGAAAUCAUUGGCCAAACGCUCAAUCUGGAUAUUCAAUCAAUACCCAUGAGUAGUAACUUUUUUGGCCUGGGUGGAGAUUCAAUCUCAGCUAUGCAAGUCUCCAUGCUUGCAAGACGGAGAGGGAUACUCCUCCCCGUUGCGGAUAUUUUCACGGAACAAAUUCUUUCAAGAAUAGCUUCAAAGUGCACUAGAGAUGAUGAAGACACCAACAAGAUCUCUAGAAGUAAACUAUCUGGACCAUCCAUGAAUCAAUCACAUCAUCGUGACCUUGCUUAUGAGAAACUCCUUCGUCGUUUGCCGCAGGAGGUUGCCGAUAAUAUUGAGGAAGCCCUGCCCGCCACCGAAUUCCAAGCGAUGACGCUUCGUAACUUCUACAGCCGAUAUCUAUGGAUCUCACUGCCUGGUGAGGUUGAUCAGGACCAACUACUAAAUGCAUGCAAUCAGCUUGUUCAAAAGCACUCCAUCUUGCGCACUGUGUUUUACACAAAGGAUGAAAAGUCGGUCGUACAACUGACCUUGCGCAAAGUCCACGUCAGCUUCAUUCGUUAUGAGAACAUCGAAGAUUUGGACGAGCAUUGCGCAGAUGAUUCUCUUGCCAUGGAAGUACCUAUAAAUGGCGAGCCAGGAUUUCAGGUACAGCUCCUGACCUUGAGGGACGCAGGGAAAUUUCUAGUUCUGCGAUUACCCCAUGCACUAUUUGAUGGACUUUCAUUGGACAUCAUUUGCAGUGACCUCAGUUCUGCAUACGGCGGAAAACCACUUCCACCUUGUGCUCAGUUUUCGAACCACGUUCGACAUGUCUUGGAGAAUAAGACCCCUGAAACCUACAACAUAUGGAAAGAAGUACUGGGAGAGGCCCCAAUGACCAGUCUGAACAACAAGUUUUUGAACAAUUGGAUCCGACUGGGCGAAAAGGAGAACCCACAAAUGGGCGCACAUUCGGAACAGCCAAGAGUGGUGACGGCAAUAGCAGAGACUGUCCCAAUCUCCCCUCCGUCCAAUACCACCAUGGCAACAUUGGUCAAACUGGCGUGGGCAAUCACACUCUCCCGGUUAUUUACCUCAACUGAAGAAGAGGAUGGAUGCAAAUAUGGCCUGAACGAUGUUGUUUUUGGCCAGGUCGUACAUGGCCGAGGACUGGGACUUACCCAUGAAGACCGCAUUGUUGGUCCAUGCCUCAACAUCAUCCCUGUGCGAGUUCACUUUCCUCUGAAAUCAAAUAAAUUUGAGCUUCUUGGUCAGGUUCAACAACAGCACAUUCAAACCAUGCCUGUUGAGAAUCUUGGGCUUGAAGAAAUUGUCCAUAAUUGCACAUCUUGGGAGUCUGGAACAAAGUUUGGCAGCUUUGUGAGAUUCCAAAACUUCACCAAUAAUGACGACUCGACCUGUUCCUUUGAUGGACAUACCUGCGAAACGGGUCUCUAUAGUCUUCCGAAUCGACCAUCUGCCACGGCCAAUGUGCUUGUUGUCCCUCAUGGGUCCACAUUGACAAUCACCAUGACAAUAUCUAAUCAAGUAUUGGAUGCAGAGUCUGCAGAUUAUGUAGUAGGGUACUUCAGUGACGUGAUCGGAAGCCUGGCAAGUGAAGAAACGGUCUGCGAGUAUCUUGUGUGA